AUGGUCACCGAUGCUUCCGGCCAGCCGCUGGCUGCCGUCGCCUCCACUGCGCUGCCGUGCCAGCUGCUGCGAGCCUGGCUGACCGAGCUGCAAGGGAGCGACUCGCCCGACGCCCGGGCGCACUGGUGGCGGGAGUCGCACUGGCUCCCUCGUGGAGAGGUGCCUGGCGCGCUGCUUCGCGCGACGGUCGCCCACGUCGAUGCAGCACUUCCGGCGGCGGUGGCGGCCGCCGCAGGACGCUGCUCUGGGCUUGAGUUCUGGACGCAGAGACGUCCGACGGGCUCUAGCAUGCAGCUGCACUGGGACUGCGACGAGGAGCAUGCGCAGCGGCACGGUGAGCUUCGCAGCCCGCUGCUGAGCGUCGUGCUGUACCUGGACGACCACGGCGGCCCCACGCUCGUCCUCGACCAAAGGCCGCCGGAGGCGCUUGGGCGCAUGGUCCGCGCGAGCCUCGUCUGGCCGCACGCCGGCGCGAUGGCGGUCUUUGAGGGCAGCCUCCUGCACGGCGUGUGCGGCCUGGGAGGCGCGCCGACGGCUGCACCGCAAGGGGUGGCGGCCUCCGGGCGCUGCCACCUCCGGUCAUCCCUCCGCCACACGCUGCUCUUCAACUACUGGCGCGAGCGGCCGCUGGAGAUGCCGCCGCUGCCCGAGGUGCUC